AUGAACGCGCUCGGAAUGAUACAGACUCCUUCCAUCCGUCUCUCUCUCUCUCUCCGUCAAACCGCCGCAUCUCGCCACCGUCUACGUUCACCGGGGUUUCAAGAAGACGCUCCUCCUCCGGUUCACUUUCCUUCGUCACUCCCAUCAAAUGCGGUUCUGUCUUGUCCAAGUGAUGCGAUGAAAGGUUCUACGACGGAGAACUUAGUUCCGCUCCGCCACACCAUUUUCUCCGAUCAUCUCACUCCCAUUCUGGCUUACCGAUGUCUGGUCAAGGAAGAUGAUCGAGAGUCUCCAAGCUUCCUUUUCGAAUCAGUGGAGCCAGGAACUCAGGCUUCCACUGUUGGAAGAUAUAGUGUGGUUGGAGCACAUCCAACAAUGGAAAUCGUGGCGAAGGAGAACAAAGUAACAGUGAUGGAUCAUGUGAAAGGCACUGUGACCACAGAGGAAGUCGAAGAUCCAAUGGUGAUUCCUAGAAGAAUCUCAGAGACUUGGAAACCUCAACUCAUUGAUGAUCUCCCUGAUGCUUUCUGUGGUGGUUGGGUUGGUUAUUUCUCAUAUGAUACGGUCCGUUAUGCUGAAAGCCGAAAGCUACCUUUCUCCAAGGCUCCUGUCGAUGACCGAAAUCUUCCAGACAUGCAUCUUGGCCUUUAUGAUGAUGUCAUUGUCUUUGAUCAUGUCCAAAAGAAAAUGCAUAUAAUUCACUGGGUGAGAUUGUCUGGAAACUCUUCAUUUGAUAAUGUUUACGCUGACGGUGUGAAGCACUUGGAAGAGCUUGUUUCUAGAAUUAAAGGCAUUAAUCCCCCUAACCUACCUUCUGGUUCAGUAGACCUACACACAAGCCAGUUUGGGACUCCUUUGGAGAAAUCAAGCAUGACAAGUGAUGCUUACAAGAAUGCUGUACUUGAGGCCAAAGAACACAUCUUGGCUGGUGAUAUCUUUCAGAUCGUCUUGAGUCAACGGUUUGAGCGCCGGACUUUUGCUCAUCCUUUUGAAGUCUAUCGAGCUUUGAGGAUUGUCAACCCAAGUCCCUCUAUGUGUUACUUGCAGGCGAGAGGUUGUAUUUUGGUAGCGUCAAGUCCUGAAAUUCUCACUCGAGUGAAGAAAAACAAGAUCGUGAACAGACCAUUAGCAGGAACAGCAAGACGGGGAAAGAGUUUCGAAGAGGAUCAGAUGUUGGAGAAGGCACUGUUGAAAGACGAGAAGCAGUGUGCAGAACACAUCAUGCUUGUUGACUUAGGUCGCAACGAUGUUGGAAAGGUAUCCAAGAACGGCUCAGUGAAGGUGGAGAGGCUCAUGGACAUAGAGCGUUAUUCACAUGUCAUGCACAUCAGCUCAACGGUGACUGGAGAGUUGCAAGAGAAUCUGACCUGUUGGGACACUCUUCGUGCGGCUUUACCAGUUGGAACCGUGAAGGCUAUGGAGUUGAUCGAUGAGCUAGAGGUGACAAGAAGAGGACCAUACAGUGGUGGAUUCGGGAGUGUUUCCUUCACAGGAGACAUGGACAUUGCUUUGGCACUUAGGACCAUUGUGUUCCCAACACAAGCUCGUCACGACACAAUGUACUCGUACAAAGACAGAGACAUGCCUCGCCGUGAGUGGAUAGCUUAUCUGCAAGCCGGUGCAGGGAUUGUAGCAGAUAGUGACCCAGAGGAUGAGCACCGUGAGUGCCAGAACAAAGCUGCGGGACUCGCACGUGCCAUUGACUUGGCUGAGUCUGCCUUUGUUAAUAAAAAUGAUUGA